AUGAGACAAAAUCCCCAAAUCUCCCCCAAAUCACUACAUUUAUUUCCCGCCAUCAAGGUUCCCAUCGAUUCCAGCCACGGUAGUGCCCACCGGUGGCGCCGCCGUCCUCCAGCACUACUCUCCCCAGCCGAGAAGAGGCAAAACGGCGUUGGAUUUUGCUCGUGCACCAAUUUUUACAGAGUUUGCUAUAUAGAAUUGAGAAGCUAUGAGCUAUUAACCCUUCAAGAUCUGCCAAAAGUUCCUUUUGAGGAAGCAGCUAAUGAAGAACAAGAAGAGAAGUUGGAUCUUCCUGAUGUCCCAACCAAAGCACCAGUCAUCUCCGAGAUGGUGCCUGAUUUUUGGACCAAGAAAAGUUAUGGAGGAACCAUUACCUGCUUGAUGUGGAACCAGUAG